AUCGACACGUCACCCUCCUCCUCUGCCGAACGAGAAAACCCACAUAAAACUCGAGCUUUUCCCCAUUAAUUGGAUCCCUAAAGAGAUCCAAUUUUUAAUCCCAAAAAAGAAAUAAGAGAGAGAGAGAGAGAGAGAGAGAGAGAGAGAGAGAAGGGAGUGGGAAAAGGAGAGCAUUGCGAUUCCUUAAAGCCGCGGCAAAAUCCAUGCCCUGUUCCCGGAUCCACACUCUCUGCUACGGGUAUUAUUUGAUUGGGUACAUCUCCACCGCUGUUAUUAAUGGAGCUCCUAGGGCACGAGAGGAGCUGUUCUGAGCUGAAUCCCACGGCGGAUUUGGCUUAGAUGAGUCGAAAUUGUUGGGAUUUUGGGGUGAUUUGGGUGGAUCUGCGAGAUGGCGCUGUUUCGGAAGUUCUUUUAUCGGAAGCCUCCUGAUGGGCUGCUGGAGAUUUCGGAGAGAGUUUAUGUGUGGAAUUACUAAGGGAUGGUCCUUUUUACCAUUGGUUUGGGUGUUUUAUUACUUGAGAUUGUAUAGUUUUCGUGUAUUCGAUUGCUGCUUUACGACUGAUGUGUUAGAAGACGAUGAAUACAAGGUCUACAUGGGAGGCAUUGUUGUUCAACUUCGCGACCAUUUUCCCGACGCCUCAUUCAUGGUGUUCAACUUUCGCGAGGGCGAGAAUCAGAGCCAAACGGCGGGCAUACUAUCAGAGUAUGAUAUGACCGUCAUCGACUAUCCCCGACAUUAUGAGGGGUGCCCUUUACUCACUAUGGAGAUGAUCCAUCAUUGUUUAAGAUCAGGAGAGAGCUGGCUUUCUUUAGGCCAGCAAAAUCUCUUACUUAUGCACUGCGAGAGAGGCGGCUGGCCUGUUCUAGCUUUCAUGUUAGCAGCACUUUUAGUUUAUAGAAAACAGUAUUUAGGAGAGCAGAAGACUUUGGAUAUGAUCUAUAAGCAAGCCCCCCGCGAGUUACUUCAGCUGUUGUCGCCAUUGAAUCCUUUGCCUUCGCAGUUGAGAUAUUUGCAGUAUAUUUCGAGAAGGAAUGUCGGGUCGGAGUGGCCCCCUCUUGACAGGGCACUUACUUUAGACUGUGUGAUACUUAGGAAUAUUCCAGGCUUUAACGGGGAGGGCGGGUGCAGGCCCAUAUUCCGGAUUUAUGGGCAGGAUCCUUUUAUCGCUUUAGAUCGGACUCCCAAAGUAUUAUUCUCUACACCGAAGAAGAGCAAGUUAGUUCGGUUAUAUAAACAGGCAGAUUGUGAAUUAGUAAAGAUUGAUAUCCACUGCCACAUUCAAGGAGAUGUUUUACUUGAGUGCAUCAGCUUGGAUGAGGAUCUAGAACGAGAAGAGAUGAUGUUUAGAGUAAUGUUCAAUACAGCCUUCAUUAGGUCUAACAUUCUAAUGCUCAAUCGCGAUGAAAUCGACAUACUGUGGGACGCCAAAGACCGGUUCCCAAAAGAUUUUCGCGCUGAGGUUCUUCUUUCUGAAAUGGAUGCAACGAAUCAGUUAAUUACUAUGGAAUUGGCUAGCACAGGAGAGAAAGAAGGGCUUCCAGUAGAAGCAUUUGCCAAAGUGCAAGAAAUAUUCAGUAAUGUGGAUUGGCUGGACGCAAAGGGCGAUGCUGCACUUCAGUUGCUCCAGCAAAUCACUUUAUCGAGUAGUUUUGGAGAGAAGAGAGAUGCCCUUUCUCCCCGAAAAGAAGAAAUCGAGAUUCUUAAAGAGAAAUUAAGCCCUAAAAUUCGUCAAGAUAAAGUUCAAUCUGAUACUACUAUUACAGAGACUAGGAGCGAGCAGCCUGCGAAGCAGCAGUCUGUUCUCUCUCCCAAAAAUUAUACUGAUUCAAUCCAAGCUGCCUUUUCUCCACGAAAAGAAGAAAUUGAUACUCUUAAGGAGAAAUUGAGCCCUGAAAUUCAACAAGAGAAAGUACAAUCGGGUAAUUCUUCUAUUACAGAAAGUAGAAGCGAGCAGCCUCCAAAGCAGCUAUCUAUUCCCUCUCCUAAAAGUUCCACCGAUUCAAACCGAGUUGCCUUUUCUCCGCAAAGAGAAGAAAUCAAUGCUUGUAAGGAGAAAUCGAGGCCUAAAUUUCAUGAAGAGAAACAACAAUCUGAAAAUAGUAUAUUUAUGGAAAUUAGGAGUGAGCAGCGCCCGAAGCAGCAAUUUGUUCCCUCCCCUAAAAGUUCUGGCGAUUCAAUCCCACGAAGUCAAACUGCUCAGCUCCACGAAAAGCCGGUUACGUUGAAAAGUGCUUCUCAGGUCAAAAUAAUAUCCCAACGAAUCCCAGCUUCUCGGUCUACUCCAGUUCUUUCUUCCAACUCGGUUUCAGGCUCUGUGAAAACUGUUUCAAGAUUUCAUAGUGCACCUUCUGCUCUCGGCAUUACAGCUCUGUUGCAGGAUCACGCUGAGUUUGUAAGAUCAGAUAAUUCUAGUUCUGCAGUGAUUUCUCCCAAUGUUCAAUCCCUGUCAACUGGUGCGGCUAAUGGACCUUCGCGGCCUUGCACUCCUUCAAGAUCAUCGCCUCCAAAAGGGCAAGCUUCUCAAUUAUCCACUUCAGCAAGCUCCAUCGAAAAGGUUUCAGCAGCUACUUCUUCAGGUGCCCCAGUUAAAGCACCACCACCACUGCCUCCACCGCAAACAUCACCAUCGCCGCCUCUGCCACCAACCCCUGCACCGCGAACGUCACCAUCGUCGCCUCCGCCACCACCCCCUCCACCGCAAACAUCACCACCGCCACCUCCGUCACCAUCCCCUCCACCACAAACAUCACCGCCGCCACCUCCACCACCGCCCCCUCCACCGCAAACAUCAGCAUCACCGCCUCCGCCGCCGCCGCCGCCACCGCCACCGUCCCUGCCACCUCGUAUGUCAGAGAACAAAAAUUCUAUUCCUUCAUCUUCAAAGGAUAUAAAUCGUCCGACAGUUAAAGAUAAACUGUCUUUAAUGCCUCCUACUCCCCCUCCUCCUCCUCCUCCUCCUCCUCCACUAGUACCAAAUUUACCUAGAUUAGAUCCAACUAACUCAGUCCCACCAACAUACCAAACAUCCUCUAACAACACCACCUCCAAGAAAUCAUUACCAACUCCUCCCCCUCCUCCACCUUUCACUGCCUUACCUCAGCCGUCAAAGAAGCCACCAACUGUAGCUAAUGCUCCUCCCCUACCGCCUCCUCCUCCUUCAAGCUCUGCACCUUCAGCACCGCCACCGCCACCGCCACCUCAUUCGUCAUCCAAGAACUCUGCCGGGCCUGCCAGCAAAACAACGCCGACUCCACCUGUACCACCUCCUCCCUCUCUUGCUCCGCCUUUCUUGAAGGAAUCAAGCUCUUCUGGAAAGAAAGGGUCUGGUGGUGAUGCUGCACCUCCACCACCUCCUAAUGGUAUGAACCCUCCUUCAUUGGGCGGGAGGGGACGAGGCAUGACUCGUGCAGCAACUAGGGGCAUGCAAUCGAACCAGUCUUCAGCUAAAAGGGCUAAUUUGAAGCCACUGCAUUGGGUGAAAGUAACAAGAGCGAUGCAGGGAAGUCUAUGGGCUGAGGCUCAAAAAUCCGAUGAAGCUUUAACGGCUCCAGACUUUGAUAUGUCCGAACUUGAGAAUCUUUUCUCCGCAGCUGUGCCUAAUUCUGAUUCUCGAGGUUCAGCUGAAAAGUCAAGCGGACGUUCUGCAGGAUCGAGAUCAGAGAAAGUUCAUCUGAUUGAUCUUCGCCGGGCUAACAAUUGUGGAAUCAUGCUUACAAAAGUUAAGAUGCCACUCUCUGAUUUGAUGAGUGCAAUUCUUACCCUGGAUGAUUCUGUAUUGGAUGCUGAUCAGGUUGAAAACCUCAUAAAGUUUACGCCAACCAAAGAGGAAAUGGAACUUCUAAAGGGUUACAAUGGAGAUAAAGAAAGCUUAGGAGAAUGUGAACGGUACUUUUUGGAGCUUAUGAAGGUACCACGGGUGGAAUCAAAGCUGAGAGUAUUUUCCUUUAAGAUACACUUUCGCUCUCAGGUUUCUGACCUUAGGCGCAACCUUAACAUUGUAAAUUCUGCUGCAGAAGAGAUCAGGAGCUCUAUGAAAUUGAAAAGAAUUAUGCAGACAAUUCUUUCUUUGGGGAAUGCAUUAAAUCAGGGAACAGCCCGGGGUUCUGCUGUUGGAUUUAGGUUGGAUAGCCUUCUCAAACUUAGUGAUACACGUGCACGAAACAAUAAGAUGACUCUAAUGCAUUAUUUAUGCAAGGUCCUUGCUGAUAAGCUUCCUGAACUUCUCGACUUUCCCAAGGAUCUAGUUAGCUUGGAAGUGGCAUCUAAGAUACAACUGAAAUUUUUGGCAGAGGAAAUGCAAGCAGUAAGCAAAGGACUGGAGAAAGUUGAACAAGAAUUAACUGCAUCUGAGAACGAUGGUCCUGUGUCCGAGACUUUCCGCAAGACACUGAAGACUUUUCUUAAUGUUGCUGAAGCUGAAGUUAGGGCUUUAACUUCAUUGUAUUCUAACGUGGGGAGGAAUGCUGAUGCUUUAGCUCUUUAUUUUGGAGAAGGUCCUGCCCGCUGUCCAUUCGAGCAAGUGGUCUCGACGCUUCUCAACUUCGUGAGGAUGUUCAUACGCGCCCACAAUGAGAACUGCAAGCAACUCGAACUUGAAAAGAAGAAAGCUCAAAAGGAGGCGGAAAAUGAGAAGAAGCUCAGCAAUUCGAAGAAAGAGCUGGAGAAUGUGUUACACUCACCGAAAAGCGCCAACAUCAAAUAACACAAAAUUUUCAACCUAUUUUUACUGACCCAACUAAUAACACAAUUUGUUUCUCCACUUAUGAGAAACAAUUGCAAUGCCCUUUUCUUGCAAAUGCCAACAGAGGAAAAUACAGAAUCUCAUUAACAGAAAGUAGAAACAACCCUGUGGGAAGAUCACAAAUGGUGCAGAAAACUCCUCAAUCAAAAUGCAGGUCUUUCAACAGAACCAGAACAAAUUUGACAAGUUUCCUAAAAAGUGAACAACUUGUACAGGCUAACCAAAAUCCAUGUUCUUAUAGACAUCUUUGAGUAUAGGUUUUCAUUCAAUCUGGGACUACUAUCAUUUUGUUAUUAUUAUUGUUUUUUUUAAACUUCUAUGUUCAUUCCUUUUCUCCCCCCUCUUUUUUUUACUUUUUCAGAGAACCAUCAUGUAAAAAAAACAUAUAUAUGUUGUCAAGUAAUGUGAGAAAUAUUUUAGUGAUAAUUUUUUUUAUUUCUA